UGUGAUCGGCCGAUGUCGGGUCGGUCGCGCGACGACGACGCCGGUCGCAUGAAUCAGCCGUCGGCGUCGAUUCCUUUAGCGAUGUCAGUUAUUUUCGGCGAGCCGAAUCACCGGCCGGUUGGAAAUAAACGGCCUGCGCGAAGCCGACGAGUUUGCACCGCCGCGUCUCGUCUUCGUACUUGACUUAGUUUCGCGUUUGAUGGACCACGAACGCGCGCCGGUUCGCUUGCCGUUCCGACCCUCUUCACCAUCGUCGUCGUCGUCAUCGUCAUCGUCCUCCCUAUCCUUGCCGCUGCAGGGUUUCCUCUUGUCAAGAUGAUCACCGAGAAGAGGAUCGACUUCAGCCAGUUGGCCAAGCCAGCGAACUUGCAGAACAGCGCAGUUCUACGUAUGCUCGAAGAAGAAGAAGCGAGGCAGCGCGGUGGUCAACCAGGUCUCAAACGAGUAGCUUGGCCACCGCCUCCAGAGGAUCAAGACUUCGACUACGUGGAGCAAGCUCCCAUCCAAGCGAAGACCCGUGGGUACGGUGAAUUCUGCUCGUACCAGAGCAGUCCCUCGUCAGGUCCGUCACCCCAACCGCCCUCGACGGUCGCACGGUCUUCGACACAGAGCGCCGUCCCGUCGUCCCCGUCGCCGGUCAGUCCUGGCGGCACGCUCCUGCGACAGCCCUCGCACUUCCAACAGCAGACGAACCCCAGGGGCUGGGCGCCCGUGACACCCCCGGCGACCUCGCCGCUCUCCCAGCAACAUCCCCCGUUCCCGAGCAGCCAACAGCAGCAACCGCAGCAACAGCAGCAGCAGCAGCAGCAGCAACAGCAACAGCAACAGCAGACUCAGCCUUGGCAGCAGCACCCCCAGGAUUCUUACGACCGGACACCGCAGAGGCAGCAGCAGAAUACAUCCGGCUAUUAUACAACCGCACCUGCGGCGUUCGAAGCACCACCUUCCACCAUCACCCUUCGUCCUGAGCUGCCUAUCUCGCAGGCACCAGCACCAGUGUACCAGGCCCAGCCCGCAGCAACGAAAGCUCCGGCAACAGGCAACAUGCGAGGAGACAUGAAGUGGCCGCCGGCGCCUGUGAAGGCCCAGGUUGAGGCAGAGAACCGGGCCAGGAUGGAGCUCGCGAAGGGCCCGGCUUUCAGGCCCCGCCGAGUGCACAAGGACUAUAGCGGUUUCUUCGCACAACACGCUCUGAACAGCAGCUACCCGGGCUACCGAGCACCGCCUGGUACCCAGUACUUCACCCCGGCUUACCAACAUUAGCGAAUAUUCCGUUCCGAGCAACGCGCAUUCGAGCACGAGGCAUCGCCCUGAGUUUUUCAUCGACCGAGAUGCUCAGGACGCUGUACGCGGAUUCUCUCCAGGGAUCCGCGAGGAGCCAGAGAAACGCAUGAGGAACAACUUCGUCGUAGAUAAAAUCUUGAAAAAUUACGAGUAAAAGAAAAUUCGUAUUGAUGUGGAAUUUCGUCUUGCAACGUGAUUUCUUUUCUUCGUUUUUUUUCCGAGUAAGAUCACGAAUCUGUGCACACGACUGUCGUGCUGUAGCUUUUUCAGAAUGUGGUCUAGACAGCGAAAGAGAAAUAUCAUGUCAUGCGUUUCUCGGGUUUCUAGAAAAACUUCCAAUCUGGAUUUCGAGCUUCAACGAACCUGUGUAUACAGAGACUGAACGGUUACCUUUCAUCUUUGCAGGGUAGCGUGUAAACUAAUAUAACAAUUACCAAAGAUCCGGUUUAUUUUACAGCAUUCGGUUUAUUAUUCGAGCAUCAUCGUUCAGAGAUUCCCACACUUGUGAGCGUCGCUUUCUCCCUCUUUUCUCUUUUUUUAGUCCGCAAACCAUAGAAGAUCGAUCUCUGAAUACAUUUUGUAAUAAAACAAUAGGAUAAAAAUAUAAAAAUCCAUUUUAUUUCCUUGAAAAAUUUCUUUCAUUUCUUCGCGCGAGAUCGUUUUCUUUUUCAAUCUCUAAAGAGAUUUUUGCAUGUAUACGAAGGCAUCUUCAGUCUGGGAAUUUCUGAUCUAGGUGAACUCAACGUUGUGAUAGAACUAACGCUGCGAAAAUGUUUACAAGACUAACGCUUGCCAUACGAAUCACAAGAGUGGCGGAUCACAAGCGAUUGUUUAAGAGAUUUCGAGAGAAUGACAACGACAGAUUGUAUUUUUUAUCGCGAGACGAUAUGGAGAAAUAACGAAAUUGUCCAAUUGUACACAAGAAUCCGCGAAAUGAACGAUCGAGUUAUACUCAAACGUAGAAUACAAAAUAAUGUAUUUGGAAAGAAAGUGAUAUAUCGAAUCAUCUAUACUGAAAGGCGACACAUUUGCGACUUGGCGAUGGUCUGCCCAUUAACUAACCGACGAAUAAUUUUUAAUAAUGUAAUAUAUCGAUGUGAAUAAAUAAAUAUUACAAAUUUAUGCUAAACAACA